UGGUGGGACUCGCAACGCGGCCGCGGAGAAAAGAAGGUCCCCGCAGCCACCAGCGCCAUGGAGAAGACCGAGCUGAUCCAGAAGGCCAAGCUGGCUGAGCAGGCCGAGCGCUACGACGACAUGGCCACCUGCAUGAAGGCAGUGACCGAGCAGGGCGCCGAGCUGUCCAACGAAGAGCGCAACCUGCUCUCGGUGGCCUACAAAAACGUGGUCAGGGGCCGCCGAUCAGCCUGGAGGGUUAUCUCAAGGAUUGAGCAGAAAACCGACACCUCUGACAAGAAGUUGCAGCUGAUUAAGGACUAUCGGGAAAAAGUGGAGUCGGAGCUGCGAUCCAUCUGCACCACGGUCCUGGAACUGUUGGACAAGUAUUUAAUAGCCAAUGCAACUAAUCCAGAGAGUAAAGUCUUCUAUCUGAAAAUGAAGGAUGAUUACUUCCGAUACCUUGCUGAAGUUGUUGGUGAUGAUCGAAAACAAACAAUAGAUAAUUCCCAAGGAGCUUACCAAGAGGCAUUUGAUAUAAGCAAGAAAGAGAUGCAGCCCACACACCCUAUCCGCCUGGGGCUGGCUCUUAACUUCUCUGUAUUUUAUUAUGAGAUCCUUAAUAACCCUGAGCUUGCCUGCACGCUGGCCAAAACGGCUUUCGAUGAGGCCAUCGCAGAGCUUGAUACACUGAAUGAAGACUCCUACAAAGACAGCACUCUCAUCAUGCAGCUGCUCAGAGACAACUUAACAUUAUGGACAUCAGACAGCGCAGGAGAAGAGUGUGAUGCGGCGGAAGGGGCCGAGAACUGAGUGCGCACAGGGUGUCAUCCUCCUCCUAACAAGAAACCUUUUUACACAUCUCCAUUCCUUACUCCACUCGGACUCCCUCUGGCAAAGAACCUGGAGGCGGCCAUUCCUAGUGUUUCCACACUGCAGCUUUGGGAAAACUCCAUUCCUUGGUUUGUGUUUGUCUUGGCCUUCCUGAUGUGCAGUUACUGCUAUAGAAAAGUAUUAAUAGCUUCCUUUCAUAUAAACAUAAGUAACUUCCAACACUUAUGCAGAGGACUAAAA